AUGGACGACUAUUAUGGGCUUGAGCAGCUGAAUGGCACUGUGGUUGCUGACAGCUACGAGAUAGCUCGCUGCAAUGCUGUGUUGAUUCGCCGCGACAGAAUUGCUAGCAACUUCUACGAAAAGCUUGAAGAAUACAAACAAGGAACCGCAGACAUGGCGUCCGAGCUGUUCGACAGCUAUGGGUUCUUGGACCUCCAGUAUCGCGAGGAUCCAUUUGCGAAGGGCUCUGGCGUCUGGCAAGAGGAGUUCAACACCGCCGACCGACUAUUUCUCGACGGAAUCAGCGUGGACCAUCUCCACAAACGCCAAGUCCUAGCCACUAAGCUUGUAAAAGCCAUCACCAACAGGUGCCGCUUGGACCGGUGGUCUUUUUCACGAUUGUAUUCCCAAACCCGCUCACCUCCGAAGUCAAUCGUUGCACCUCUGAAUAAGAUGCAUUUGACGACGCGCCGUGGACAGAGCAGGUAG